CGCGGUGGGAUUUCACGGAAGAUGCUGAAGAAACGGGAGCUGCUGAGAUCUCAGUGGUGACCGUCCAAUCUGAAGCACACUCCUCAAAGAGCAGUAAAAAACUACCUCUUUGUGUGUUGAUGGGUUGUUGCGCUGCAGAGGAGGGACACAUCCUGCUUUCCGAGAGACAACAAUUCAGUGAAGAUGAGACCAUGGUCCCAGUACUAACCUCCAGAAAAGCCAGUGAACUCCCCGUCAACGAAGUAGCCUGUGUCCUGCAGGCCGACCUGCAGUUGGGUCUGACCCAUGAGGAGGUGUGCCGGAGGAGAGCUUACCACGGCUGGAAUGAGUUUGACAUCAGUGAAGAGGAGCCGCUAUGGAAGAAAUACAUCUUACAGUUCAAAGACCCUCUCAUCCUGUUGCUGUUGGCGUCGGCCGUCAUCAGCAUUCUCAUGCACCAGUUUGAUGACGCCAUCAGCAUCACAGUGGCCAUCAUCAUCGUAGUGACAGUUGCUUUUGUCCAGGAGUACCGCUCAGAGAAGUCUCUAGAAGAGCUCGGGAAGCUGGUGCCUCCAGAAUGUCACUGUAUCAGGGAGGGGAACCUGGAGCACAUGCUGGCCAGAGAACUGGUUCCUGGAGACACCGUCUGUCUGUCAGUGGGAGAGAGAGUCCCAGCUGACCUCCGCCUCGUCGAGGCGACUGACUUGUCUGUGGAUGAGUCCAGUCUGACGGGGGAGACCACCCCCUGCUCCAAGUCCACCUACCACCAGCCAGCAUCCACCAAUGGAGACAUCGCCUCCCGCAGCAACAUCGCCUUCAUGGGAACACUGGUGCGCUGCGGCAGAGCCAAGGGCAUCGUUAUAGGAACCGGAGAGAACUCAGAGUUUGGAGAGGUUUUCAAGAUGAUGCAAGCAGAAGAGGCUCCUAAAACACCGCUACAGAAGAGCAUGGACCUGCUGGGGAAGCAGCUGUCGCUCUACUCCUUCGGCAUCAUAGGGGUCAUCAUGCUGGUGGGCUGGCUGCAGGGGAAGAGGAUCCUGGACAUGUUCACCAUCGGUGUCAGUCUGGCGGUAGCUGCCAUCCCAGAGGGUUUACCCAUCGUGGUGACGGUGACGCUGGCGCUUGGUGUGAUGCGCAUGGUGAAGAAAAGAGCCAUCGUCAAGAAGCUUCCCAUCGUAGAAACUCUGGGCUGCUGUAACGUGAUCUGCUCAGAUAAGACGGGGACGCUGACCAAGAACGAGAUGACCGUCACUCAGCUGUUCACGUCCGAUGGACUCCAUGUUGAGGUGACGGGCGUCGGCUACAACGGAACAGGAGAAGUUUUACUGGAUGGAGAGAUCAUCCACGGCUUCUCCUGCCCGUCAGUCAGCAAGAUCGUAGAGGUUGGCUGUGUGUGCAACGACUCGGUCAUCAGGAAUAACAAUAUGCUGGGACGGCCGACGGAGGGAGCGCUCAUCGCCCUCGCCAUGAAGAUGGGGCUGGAGAGCCUGAAGCAGGAGUAUGUGCGUCUGGAGGAGAAUCCCUUCACCUCAGAGCAGAAGUGGAUGGCUGUUCGCUGUGUUCACCGCACCCAGCAGGAUAAGCCUGGAGUUUACUUCGUGAAGGGAGCCUUCGAGCAGGUGAUCCGCCUCUGCAGCUCCUACAACAGCAGAGGAACCACACUGUCACUCAGCCACCAGCAGAGGGAGCUGUACCAGCAGCAGAUCAGCUACAUGGGCACAGCUGGUCUCAGAGUCCUGGCGUUUGCGGCGGGCUCGGAGAUGGGGAACCUGACCUUCCUGGGACUGGUGGGCAUCAUCGACCCCCCGAGGUCAGGGGUCAAAGAAGCCGUAGGGACGCUCAUCAACUCCGGAGUCGCCAUUAAGAUGAUUACUGGAGAUUCACAGGAGACAGCUGUGUCCAUAGCCAGUCGGUUGGGUCUGUACUCUAAAGGCUGUCAGUGUUUGUCCGGAGACGAGGUGGAUCAACUCGACCUGCAGCAGCUUUCACACGUCGUCCCCAGAAUAGAUGUGUUUUAUCGAGCCAGUCCUCGACACAAGCUGAAGAUCGUCAAGUCCCUCCAGAACAUCGGUGCUGUGGUGGCCAUGACAGGCGACGGAGUGAACGAUGCCGUUGCUCUGAAGGCCGCUGACAUUGGCGUGGCCAUGGGCCAGACAGGCACUGACGUCUGCAAGGAAGCAGCUGACAUGAUCCUGGUGGACGACGACUUCCAGACCAUCAUGUCGGCCAUCGAGGAAGGAAAAGGAAUUUACAACAACAUUAAAAACUUUGUCCGCUUCCAGCUGAGCACGAGUAUUGCAGCUCUGACGCUCAUCUCCUUGGCAACGCUGAUGAACUUCCCCAACCCACUGAACGCCAUGCAGAUCCUGUGGAUCAACAUUAUCAUGGACGGACCUCCUGCUCAGAGUUUGGGCGUGGAGCCCGUGGACCGGGACGUGAUCAGACAGCCUCCCCGUAACGUCAGAGACAGCAUCAUCACUCGCAGCCUGCUCGUCAAAGUGCUGGUGUCAGCGCUCAUCAUCGUCUGCGGGACGCUGUUUGUCUUCUGGAGAGAGUUGCAGGACAACGUGAUCACUCCUCGAGACACCACCAUGACCUUCACCUGUUUCGUCUUCUUUGACAUGUUCAACGCUCUGAGCUCUCGUUCACAGACUCGGAUGGUGCACGAGAUGGGUCUGUGUAGCAACAGGACCUUCUGUUACGCCGUCCUGGCCUCCAUCAUGGGUCAGCUGCUCGUCAUCUACUUCCCUCCUCUGCAGAACGUCUUCCAGACAGAGAGCCUCAGCAUCUUUGACCUGCUGUUCCUGGUGUCCCUCACCUCCUCCGUGUGUGUGGUGUCUGAGGUCAUCAAGAUGGCGGAGAGGAGGAUAGGAGCCGAGAGGAGGAGCCUGCCCUCCGACUACUGCCACGAGGUAUGACCCCCCUCCUCCUCCCACCACACCGGCUGUCUGGGCCAAAGGACUCUGAGGUUUGGAGGAAGAAGAGGAGGAUGAGGGUGACGAGUUUUAGGAUCUCACAACCGAUGGCACUGACUAAUUAAGACUGAGAGGACUUGUGGGAUUUUCCUCCUCAGGAGAAACUCUGGUCUGGGACUGGAGGAAGCUCCCAGCCUUGGGGAGGGGAUGGAGGGAGGCGGGUUAAACUGGGAGGACAAGAUAGCUGCUGGGAGAUCUGACCCUGCUCUAAAGUGGAGGGUUUUUAUACUGGUCCACAGCAGCUGUUUGUAGACUCCUGACCGGGACACCGCCACUGACCAACCACGUUUACUCCUCGUAAUUUAGGACGUCCUCUUUAAGAUAUCCCUCUGGAGAGUCAAGGCUAGAGAUGUGUGCAAUUCUCUUCCAGUCCUCUUUUUUUAAAUCUACUAUUUAGAAGGUGUUGACCACUGUUCAGCUCGCUUUUCAUGGUUGGAAGCGUAACUUCUUGUUUUGAUUCCUCUAUAGAUGGUUUACAGUUUAUCAGUGGAGGUGUAACGGUGCAACAUUCACCGUUAAAAGUUUUCAGCUCAGCGGGGACAAUAAAUGUUAGGAAUUAUUUACAUUGAUUUAAGGCGUAAUAGAGGCGCACAGGUACGGGAGGCGAGAACAGCCUUUUUUAAUGCCGUUAUCUCAACAUCAUGAGUUCAUUAUUUUGUUGCUUUGAAAUAACAAAGCUCGUUUUCUUUUGACAAAACGCUGAUUUAUGCCGAUUCUUGAGAAAACGAAAGGCAGAUUUUUUUAGAUAAUUUAUCACAAAAAGAAAAGUGACUUGUUUUCGAAUUUCCCAUGAUCUUAAGAAAGCAAAAGUUGUUUUCUUGUGAUAAAUUAACUUAUCUUGAGAAAUCCACCGUAAAAUUUUUAGAAAAUCUCCAUGAAUCAGCCUGUUAUCACGAGAAAACAAGCUUUAUGAUCUCCAGAUAACGACAUUAAAAAACAAUCGUAAACACGGCCGGUCUGGGCUUCCGUACAGAGGUCUGAAUAUCUGCUGUAAAAAAUAAAGUACUGAAACAUUUACACAUAAUCAAUUAUUUAAAGUGUUGCUGUGUGCACAUAAAGGAACAUUUCACUUCACUUCGAGCAUAUAAAGCUUUAAUUUUUUGUUUUCCUGUUUGGAAGUCUGUGACUGCCAAUAUUAAAAAAAAUAGUUUAAUCAAAUCAAAGCUUCAUUUUCGUAAUCAUAGACAGAUUUCACACAAAGAGACCCGUCUUGUUAUUGUGCAAAUUUCAAACACUGGUUGUUGCACAACAGAAAGUCUGACUGACAGGUGCGUUUGAGUCGAGACCAGGAGUUUUCAGGCGAAGGACCCCUCAGCUGUAAGACAUAUUGUAUAAUAUUAAAUUAAGUUGCACUUAAGAUAAUUCUCUAAAUAUUUUUAGGGCUUCUCUCGUUUGCCUGAAGCUACGAAGUCAGCAGCAGCUGUAGCCUCACCCUGUGCACUUUCACCGGUGGUUCCUGAGGUGGACGGUGUGUUAAAGUUAAAAAACGAUCCACAAGAAUAUCUGUACGCUCAGAAUAAUUACGAAAAAUAAAAAAAGGUGCCACACACGUUAACUUGGCGUUAGCUAGCUCACUUGAUAGCACAAGGAUUCAUGGGUAACAGCCUGUUGUUAACGUUGUGCACGUUUCAUGAAUGGGUCGAUUUAUUUUUGCUACUGAUAUGUUAGAUUCAUGUUAAUGUGCAUUUUCAGACACAUUAAAAAACUAAAUUAACACGCUGUAAUUUGUCAGGCCCCCUACAGUAACUCUGAGGAACCCCUAAUGAAGACCCAGGGUUUAGACCCAGCCCUGAGGAGAGCUGCUCAGCCUUGCAGACAAUUUCCCCAGUGGCCACUCGCGGUAUUACAACGAAAAAAAUGCCCUGCAGCCCCAAAGACCAUCGUUAUAAAAGAGACGUCUGUAACACUGCUGACAGGACACCUUGAACUGCAAAUAUUCAUCUCUCUAUUCUGAAAUUUUUGAUCCAUGAAGGUUUUAUAUUUGUUAAAUUUUCCUCUAGCCGAAAAAAAGCCCUUAAAAAAUCUGUGACAUCAUCACAAUGUAAAGUCUAUGAGCUCAGCAGGAACUCGCAGGCGAGGCCAGUGGGAGAAACACUACUGUGUAUAUUCAGUGAGCCACAUAACGAGGAAGUAAGGCGAGCAACUCCACUGGAACGAAUAGGCACCAUUAUCAAAGAUCUAUGGUCUAGACUGUUAAAAAAAUCACAUGAUAAUUUUUACCUGCUGAACGUUUUGAAAACUGAAAAUGAAUAAAGACAUGUUGUUGAAAUAAGGUAAAAUCAAAGCGUAGUUUAUAUUCACGGUUUAAUUUAAACAUCCAGGUUGUAGUUUUGUUUCUGCCAAUUUUAAAGAUAAAUAAUCUGUUUCAUAUUCAAUGUUUUUAUUAUAAUGAUAAUAUUUAAGGCAGACUGAUGUUGAGGAGCAAACUGAAAGAUUAUUUGACUUAAUUUCCAUUUUGGCAGUACUCAUGCUUUUUCAAACAUGAAAAUAAAAAUUGGAUUUUACUUCUUUUUGUAUGAUUUUGUUUACAUAAGUUGAAAAUUAUAUUUGUUGUCAGAUGUAUUCACAUCAGGAUUCAGCAGCUUGUUUGAUUAAUAAAGCUUGAUUUUAAUGUCGGCAGCCAGAGACGUCCUCGCUCUGACGUCUGUGAUCAAACACUCCUCUGGUCCGUGUAGGACUCAGUAGUCUACUGUGGGAAAUCUGUACGCCCCAGUUUACCAAAUACUAAAAUAACUUUUGAGAAUUAUGUUUGUUUUUCAUUGAAUAAAAGAAGCCAAAGUUUUCAAGUUUUUAAUGUUGUUGAAACACGAGCAGCCAUAAAAGAACUUUGUCUGAAUAAAGAUAAAAUCCAGAAAUGGUAAAAUCUGAUUAACAGGAUAUUAAUCUGAUCAAAUAUUUGAUGUCCUGAAUCUGCUGUCAAGAAAGACGAAUCAUGUUUGAUGCAGAUAUUUUAAUGUCAAACCAUGUUAACACACAUUUUCUUUUUGUUUUUGUUGUGUUUACUGUUAAACCUCCCAGACGUAAAUGACUGUGGAGGCUCUUUGAGCUCUUCUGAUUUCUGUUUACUAAAAUCGACACUUUUUGUUUGGUGGGUUGUAACUAGACGUCUCAGGUCGCCUUCACAUCUAAACUGUGUUGUCGUCUACUCUCGGUUCAUUUAUGAUAAUAUUGUUAUUAUCCAGACAGAGCAGAAAUCUUUUUGCUUUCUUUGGUCCGGACCAACUGAACCGAACCACAGGUGUGAAAGUGACCCGAACAUUUCGACCCGUCGUCCUGUACGAACAGUUUACGAGGACUGACUGUGCCAUUACACCUCCACUCUGCAGGCUUGCUUCUGUGAUCCAUAUGUUUAUGUUUCAUGCUUCUUCCUAGGCACACUAGUUUAUUUAAAUUAAAAGGAACUCUGGUUUCAGUUGUACAGCUGAUGGCAAACGCUUUUCUGUCAUGUUUAAGCUCCGUCACACUCGCCACCUCGUACAUACUGCCGUGUCUGUGGUGGCGAGCGGCGCCUCUGGCCUCACAGUGACAGUGGCUGGAGAACAAGUCGAUGCUAAAUGUGGAAUCAGGCCUCAAAAACCACCAAACACAGCAGUGCUGACGCGGUCGCUUCAGGGUACAAACGCAGAUACUUUAGUAACAGCGCUUUCUCAUCGUGUGCCUUAGAGAAGUCAUUUAUCUCCACCUCGGUGGAGCGAAGCCCUUUACUGACAGAGUCUGUUCUGUUUCAUCAGUUUCAGCAUUUAAAAGUGAUUCAUAAAAAAAGUCCAAAAUAUCGACCUCAAGUUUUAUUUUGCUUUUUUUUCCUUGUCUCAUUCAGUCGUGAUUUACACCCACACCCAAGCUUUAACAGUGAAACAUGCUGAGAUUUUGUUUCCAGAUGAGCAAAUGAGAAACGACAACAAAAAGACAUUAAAGGACGUUUCCUGUUUUUA